GUACUACCCUCCCCUCCCCCAACUUCACCGCCGCAAAUCAUCGUCCUCAAUCACCCACCGCCAACCAAUCCAUCAUGCACCAACGCCCAGCCUUAGGAGGAAGAAGGAAUUGAGCCGCCCACCUCAACCGUCCUCCGCCGCACGCCUACACCCUCUGCUUCUGCCGGGUUCUGAUCCGUCCAUCGCCACAAUCUCUGCUGCGGUCGAGCUUCAGGAGGAAUAAGAAGGAUGUUCGUCGCCGCCGAGGAAGGGAAGGAGGAAGAAGGUUCAAAAUCCCUCCCGGUCUCGGUGAAUUCCCUCAUCGGCUCUUCGCAGCUGGCAUUCACCGGCGUCUUCGCUUUCCUUAUAGUGAAGCAGUUGUUCAACCACUACACCAUGAAGGUCGUCGUCUUGAUGACGCUGGGCUCGGUGGUUCUUGGAUUGCACAUGGAUUGUGAUAUCCCGAAGGGAGAAUCAAAUGGUAAAUACGUGUUGGCCUUCUUUAUGACCAAUUGACCAUUGCUGCCUCUGCCACGCAUGCUCUGUUCAUGAACUGCUUCAGUAUACUCAGGGGAAGGCUCGUGUGCCCAUCCAAAAUGUCCUCAAAACAGUAAUUCCUCAGCCUCAAGCUCUCAAUCUCCUCCACUGGCCACUGCAGCAAAUCCGCUCCCGUCCUGCUCUAGCAAAUCGCCACUAAAUUAAUUUUUGUAAUUUAUUUUAUUUUUAUAAAAUAAUGAAUAUGAUACUAUACA